CAAUACCUUAUGUUAUUGAUGAGCAACAGUAAAGCCGUUGGGUAGCGGUGAACCGCCUUUGUGAAAGUUUCUUAAUGAUGUACUUUUAUUCAAAAUAGUUGGCAUUACAUCUUCAAACAAAAUUAACCUUACAAGCGUAUCUAAAUAAAUCUGAUUAAUGUCAGCAGUUCACUUCAAAAAGUUUUUUUUAUACAUAGAAAUGUGGUGUUUUUAUACAUAGAAAUGUGGUUGUUGUCGGUCCUCCAAAAAUGCAUUUUCUGUGUUGGAUGAUUAUGAACAACUUGCCUUUAUCUCUAGCCAUUUUCAAGCUACAACUUUUUGAAACAUCAAAAGUGAAUAUUUUAUUGGUCAUGAUGCUGGUACUUUUUUAAGGGGGUACUUCGUGUACAAACGUUUGAGAACAACUGCUUGUUCUGCUUUUAAUAAUAGAUGGCAGUUGGUGGAGAAUAGCACCCUCUAGUGUUCGUUAAAAGCAACUGCAUGGUCAAGAAGCCAGCAUUCUUCUACUUAUGAAAAUGCCUUUGCAUAACUAACACUUAUUAUGAGACGCGUAUAUCAAUAUUCAUUUUCUCACAUAAUGGAUCGGAUUGUAAUUUCAGUCAUCGUUAUGCAGGCUUUUUUUUCCUGAAUUCGAAUGAAUGUUUUAUAGUCUAAUAAAUAAAUGAGGGUAAGGACUCAAGACAUGUGUUUUCAUACUCUGCAGGGUAUUUUGGAGUGUUUUUGGGGAGAGAGCGAGCCGCCGACAUGUCCACGGGCUUCGGAAGCUGGGUCGAGCCUGGAAGCCUGCAAGCUCAGCUGCAUGACGAAGCCCACGUCAGCGGGCCGAGCCAACCACAGGCAACACAGUCGAUUGCACACAAGAGCACACACGCACCCUGCCGAUGCUCGCUUGUGGAUCUCUGAUGUUUUUUUUUCCACCGCUGCUUGUUUCUCGUGCUCCGUCCUCUUUCUUCAGCCCGGGCACCCCUUCGUUGAGCAGUACGGAGGAACUUGGAGGAGCCUGACGCCUCUUUGGGAUUCCCGGGGAUUCUCUAACCUGGACCUUCAACCCAGCCUCAUAGAUGAUCUUUCCCCGUGCGACUUCGUGGCUGUGGUUCGCCGGGGAGCAUCUGGAGCAUCCGGGGACCAGGGCACUUAUGGCAUGGUGGAGAAGUGGCUGAAGAACCACCAGGCGGCCAAGUCGGGUCCGACGGUCGCGACCCCGGCCGAGCCGAGGGACGAGAAGGGCGCCGCGCUGAGGGACAGCUGGGCGAGCAAAUGCGACGGCUUGCAGCGGAGAGCCUCGCAGAAGGAGCUGCGCAAAACUUUCGCGCGCUCCAAAGCCGUCAACGUCAACCGAACCUACGACGAGCAAGUCAACUCGCGGGCUCAGGAGCCUCUGAGCAGCAUGCGCCGGAGAGCCCUGCUGAGGAAGGCGAGCUCGCUGCCCCCGACCACCGCGCACAUCUUGAGCGCGCUGCUCGAGUCCAGAGUCAACAUCCCGCAGUACCCGUCCACGGCCGUGGAUUUCAAAUAUUACCUCAAGGAAAACAACGAGAGAGAGUUCUUCCUCGAGCUCGUCAAAGACAUCUCCAACGACUUGGACCUGACGAGCCUCAGCUACAAGAUCCUGGUGUUCGUGUGCAUCAUGGUGGACGCGGACCGCUGCUCGCUGUUCCUCGUGGAAGGCACCGGGAACAAGAAGACGCUCGUGUCCAAGUUCUUCGAUGUGCACGCGGGCACCACCGUGCUCCCCUCCAUGAACUCGGACGAAGUGCAGGUGCCGUGGGGUAAAGGGAUCAUCGGCUACGUGGCCGAGCACGGGGAGACGGUCAACAUUCCGGACGCCUACCAGGAUCGUCGCUUCAGUGAUGAAAUUGACAAGCUGACGGGGUACAAGACCAAGUCGCUCUUGUGCAUGCCCAUUCGCAACAGCGACGGCGAGAUCAUCGGAGUGGCUCAGGGCAUCAACAAGACCUCGAGUGUGGAAAUCUUCACUGAAGAUGAUGAAAAGGUACUGCAGAUGUACCUGCCCUUCUGUGGCAUUGCGAUCUCCAAUGCCCAACUCUUUGCCGCCUCGAGGAAGGAAUACGACAGGAGUCGGGCACUCCUCGAAGUAGUCAACGACCUGUUUGAAGAACAGACCGAUCUGGAGAAAAUUGUCCGAAAGAUCAUGCAUCGCGCUCAGACAUUGCUCAAGUGCGAGCGCUGUUCUGUUCAAUUGCUGGAGGACAUUGAAUCGCCGGUGGUGAAGUUUACAAAGUCUUUUGAAUUAUUGUCACCAAAGUGCAGUGCUGAUGCUGAAACAAGUUUCAAGGACAGUAUGGAAAAGUCUUCUUACUCUGACUGGCUCAUCAACAACAGCAUCGCAGAGCUGGUUGCAUCCACAGGACUUCCUGUCAACAUCAGCGACGCCUACCAGGAUCCUCGCUUUGAUGCUGAGGCGGACCAGUUUUCUGACUUCCAUAUUCGCUCUGUGCUUUGUGUGCCCAUCUGGAACAGCGAUCACCAAAUCAUUGGUGUUGCUCAAGUGUUGAACCGCCUCGACGGGAAACCGUUUGAUGAUGCGGACCAGCGUCUCUUUGAGGCUUUUGUGAUCUUUUGUGGCUUGGGCAUCAACAAUACCAUCAUGUACGACCAGGUGAAGAAGUCGUGGGCCAAGCAAUCGGUGGCUCUGGAUGUCCUCUCUUACCACGCCACUUGCUCCAAGACCGAAGUUGACAAAUUCAAGGCCGCCAACAUCCCUCUGGUGUGCGAGCUGGGGAUUGACAAGCUCUCCUUCGACGAUUUCUCCCUGGACGUUGACGCCAUGAUAACGGCCGCUCUGAGGAUGUUCAUGGAGCUGGGAAUGGUUCCCAAAUUUAAGAUUGACUAUGAGACGCUGUGUCGAUGGCUGCUGACGGUGAGGAAAAACUACCGGAUGGUUCUGUACCACAACUGGAGACACGCCUUCAAUGUGUGCCAGUGCAUGUUUGCCAUGCUCACGACGGCCGGCUUCCAGGAGACUCUGACAGAAGUGGAGAUCUUAGCACUCAUCGUGGGUUGCGUGUGUCACGACUUGGAUCACCGGGGCACCAACAACGCCUUCCAGGCAAAGACAGGCUCGGCUCUUGCUCUGCUUUACGGGACUUCCGCUACUCUUGAGCACCACCACUUCAACCACGCUGUCAUGAUCCUGCAAAGCGAGGGUCACAACAUCUUCUCCAACCUCUCGUCCACCGAGUACAGCAACCUCAUGCAGCUGCUCAAGCAGUCGAUUCUGGCCACCGAUCUCACGCUUUACUUUGAGAACAGAAGCACGUUCUUUGAACUGGUGAACAAAGGGGAGUAUAACUGGAACGUGAAAGCCCACAGAGACAUGUGCAGAUCCAUGAUGAUGACAGCAUGUGAUCUCGGCGCUGUCACCAAGCCUUGGGAGAUAUCCCGCAAGGUGGCUGAGUUGGUGACCAGCGAGUUCUUUGAGCAGGGCGACAGGGAACGAUCAGAGUUGAAGCUCACACCCGCGGCCAUCUUUGACCGAAACAGAAAAGACGAGCUGCCCGGUCUUCAAUUGGAGUGGAUUGAUGGAAUUUGUGCGCCGCUCUAUGAGACUCUGGUCAAGUUAAAUCCCAAACUGAAGCCCAUGCUGGACAUGAUCCAAGCCAACAGGUCCAAAUGGGAGGAGUUGAACAACAAGCGGCAACACGACGAGCACAGUGUUUCUGCCCCGGCGAGCCCCUUGGAGCCCGUCAGCUCCACGGGUGGCUCCUCCCCCUGCCGUAGCAGCAGCGCGGACCGCGCAGCAGCCUCGACAUCGCUAGGUUAGCGAGCUUUUUAUUGAGGUCUCUCUUCCUCUCACGGCCUGCGAUUUGUGCAGGGGGGGGCGGGGUCCUCGGACCCUCUUGCUCCUCCGAGAAGAGCAGAAAAGCGGCCGCGGAUGCGCUGCGUCAGCAUGGCGGACUUCUGUUGUGCGGCCAUUGCACGAAGACUGAAGAGCGGGAACCUGCGCGACGGAUGUUAUUUGUAAAUGUGUACAUACUGUCGGCUCCUGAAGAGCGCGUUGCGUUCAAGUGCUGUCGCAAAACUGUGGAUUGUGGUGUGGCCCUAGAAGGAUGAUGUGUUGCCGGAGCAGCCCCCGCUUGCUCCAGUUCCUUCCCUCCUGUGCCUUGUUUGAAACAUUCUCCAUGAAAAAUGCAUGGCCUCCUUUGACAUGGACAUUCUAGAAAACGGCACUCGUGAUGGAAUUUUUUUUUUCUUUUAACAAUUGUUUUGUCAUUUUCCACCACCGUGAGUUGAUUUACCAUCAAAAAGUCAAGAUGGUAGUGAAAGUCAGACUUUUAAACAGCAAUGUGGCAUUUUACAGUUUGGAAUGAAAUCCAUUUUAUAUUUCGAGAAGAUAAGACUUGUCAUGUGUAACACCCUAAGAUGAUACAAGAUGGCGCUAAAUCCAUAGCUCACAGGAGAAGUAGUCAAUGGCAGUGAAUGAAAACCGAGAAUCAGAAACAAAAAUGGCAAAUUCAAGAAGGCAUAUCUUUUCCAACCCAAUGUUGGUGUCCCUGCAGCCCCAAUGUUGUUGUGCCAACUCGAACCCAACAGUAAAUAGCAGUCAAUGCAUUUUGUUUUAGAUUGUGGUGGGCGCUUGCUUAUCUUACCCAACAGAUGGAUUCAUAAUUGAAUCCUAUGCUGGUAAAAUGAAGCCAACUUCUGAUUCAGAUGCCAUUUAAGCUGCUCAUUUAAAAAUACACAGAAUUAUUUUGAUUCAAUUUGUUAAUGUUUAGAUUACUUUUAUGACACAGUGACCUCUGUUGUUGGUGGGGCGUCGCCCGCGCUCCCUCUACUGAGCAGCGGCCACAGUUCCGAUCACAUCUGUAGAAUGUCUCUAAAUUAAAUUAACAAAGAUGUUUAUGAUUUAUGAUGAUGACGUAUAAAGGCAAAAUCCGUGGGGGUCAGGGGGGGGUCCAAAUACUUCCGGACUGAACUAAAUCCAGACCCAAUCUUCCCCAAUAAUGAAAAAAUACACAUAAAACACACUGAUUCUCACGCACACACGCACACACACAAAAUGUGCCUUGAUGAAGUUGCUGUGUAUUCGGGCUCAAGUAAGCCAUUUAAUCUCACGGACUGAUUUUUGCAUUUAUUUCUCUGACAUUUGGCCUUUUUAAACUCCUCACUAUUUCUUCUGACUUCUGUCUUUUCACAUCCAAGGAUGGCUCUGACUGACUCGGCUUUUGUUGUGGUACUGAAGUACCCAACGGGUCACAAAGACAAUCUUUACCCUUAAGUCGUAGUUUACGUUGUUGCCUUAUGACUUGUGUUGUUUUGUUUUUUGUUUGUUUUUGAGUGACCUUGUGCACCUUGCCAGGCAUGAUUCUUAAUGUGACAUUUUCACUGAAGAACAUUUGAGUUGCAUGUUUUUAAUAACUCGUGUGUUGCAUUCCGAGAAAACUCUGAGGAUGUAGCAAGCGUGGGAGCCUAAUGAAUGCCUCGGGUUUCCGGACGAGCGCAUGUCUUCAGUUGUAUUGCAUGAGGUUGUGUUGAUCAUAAAUAUCACGGUUCUAUUUUUCUAUUAACCCCCUUCCCCUAAUUGUGUCUGAGGGUGGCGGGGGGAGUUGUAAGUUACAUGAUGUAACGUGUUUCUUCACUUUGUGUUUUUGGACUUAUUUAAAUAAAAGAAUAAGCCCGGGCAUGAUGACGCUGAUGUGCAAUGUUUCUGGAUUUCUGUACUAAACUUUGAAUAAACAUGAUGCUGCUACA